AUGCCAUUUCUCCAAGCAGUGCUGCUGGUAUUGGCUGUUAUAUCGGUUAUUUGUCAACAGACAGAUGGAAAUCUGUUCACGUCUAAAGAUGAUCAGGAAGUAACGGAGAAGGGGUUGGAAUCAUUGUAUAAACUAGAAACACUCUUCGAGAAGAGAGAGAUAAUCAAUAAAGAGAGGAAGAAAAAAGCCAAGAGCCUGGUAUUGUUGGCCAUCGAGGAAGGGUUAAAGAAAUAUGAAAAAAUGGUAGAGAGGCAAAUUUAUUACAGAAACAUUGGUAUGGGCAGAAGAAAUAAAAUAAAGCGGAAAAAUAACAGACUUUUCAAGAUCAGCAAGAUGUCCAUUGAAAAGCAGGAGGAGGGGUUUAUAUUACUUAGUGCUAAAAAAGCUCUGGUUCAAUUAACUGGAAAGACAUUGAAAGAGCUGUCAGGUGAUCCAGAUUACCGAGAGGCUUGGGAUGAUAUUUUAGCUGGUUCUUCAAUUGAUUCAAGGAGAAGAAAAAGAAGUACAAAACGCGCAACAACAAACGACUGCCAAAAGCUAAGCAGUGUAAAUGAAUACAGAACUAUUGAUGGCACGUGUAAUAACCUAGACAAACCUAAUUGGGGUGCAGCAUUCACUACACAACCUAGAUUUAUAGAUGAGGUGUACAGCGAUGGCGUUAAUACACCCCGGAUAAGUGCGGAUGGAACAUCAACCCUUAUAAGUCCGAGAACAGUCAGCAAUAGUGUGUUCAUACUAAACAAUGGGAGGAAAGUAUCAAAACCUGAGGGCUUUAACAGUUUGAUGAGUCUUAACUGGGGACAAUUCCUGGACCAUGAUAUUGUUCUCACACCUACAUUCGCCGAAGAGCAUGGGGAAGACAUUCAGUGUUGUGAACAAGAUUCUAUACCAAUAAAAAGGGAUGAAUGUUUGGGUAUAGAGAUGACACCAGAUGAAGAUUUAGAUAUCAGUUGUAUGGAGUUUGUAAGGUCCGCUCCAUCACCGGACACGGACUUGAAUGCUGGAAACCAAGUAACAAAUGCCAUAACAUCCUUCAUUGAUGGGAGUAUGGUCUAUGGAAGUUCAAAAGACGAGGAAAGACAACUUAGGGGAAUAGGUGGAAAAAUGGCUGUAAAAUCUGUGUCAGGAGGAGACUUGUUACCAGAGGAUACGUCUGGUGAAGCUUUUUGUACCCUUACCGGAAGUAACCCCGUUGAUGACUAUUGCCAAAAUGCUGGUGAUAUAAGAGUAAACGUCCAGCCUGGACUGGGACAUCUUCAUUUGCUUUUUGUUAGAGAACAUAACCGCAUCGUUGAAGAACUGAAAAAUGUCCAACCCUCUUGGACAGGGGAUCAGCUAUACAACGAAGCCAGAAAGAUUAUUGGUGCUAUUAUACAACAUAUAACCUUUAAUGAAUAUUUUGAAAAUCUGUUUACUGACGAAAUUCUCGAUAAGUAUGACUUACGUCUAUUAUCUGAAGGGUACUCAACAGACUACAACAAGAAUAUCAAUCCUGGAACGAGAGUUGGGGUGGCAACAGCGGCGCUACGAUUCGGUCAUACACAGAUUCCACAUGAAAUAGCAUACUUGUCCGACGACUACAAUUUCACGUCAUCUGUAACAGAAAUGCAGUCCACUCUUAAAAAUCCACACUUAUUGGUAAAUAAAGCAGGAUCUAAGAUAUUAGAUUUGGUUAGAUAUAUGACAACCCUUCCGACAAGAGCCUCAGACAGGGAAUUCGAAGGUGCCAUUAGAAAUCAUUUAUUUAAUGGCCGGUUAGAUUUGACAAGUUUAAACAUACAACGAGGACGUGAUAAUGGAUUACCAUCGUAUACAGCAUGGCGGGAGUUCUGUGAUCUUUCUGUUCCUUCGUCAGAUGAUGAUUGGGACGCACUGCCAGAUUUACUGAACACAGGGAAAUUGCGCCAGUUGUACAAGAGUGUGAAUGAUAUUGACCUCUAUGUUGGAGGUAUAUUGGAAAGACGAAUGAAAACUUCUGCUGGAGACAAAUCUUAUCUGGGUCCAACUUUUGCAUGCAUUUUGGGACAGCAAUUUCAGAAACUGAAACUCGGCGAUAGAUUUUGGUAUGAACGACCAUAUCCAGAGGGAUUUAGGGAAGAUCAACUUCAAGAGAUAAGGAAAGUAACGUUGGCCACUGUACUUUGUGUAAACACAGAAGGACUGACAGAACUACAAACUCUCGCGCUUAGAAGACCAGGCAGAAGGAGAAACUGUAAUGACGAAAGAUUUAUUCCAAAGAUUGAUUUUAAUAAAUGGAAAUAAAUAUAGGUUAAAACUGACCAACGACAGGACUGCACAAACAAAUUAUGAUAUAAGAUAUUUCUGUUAUCUUUAUAGUCUUUAUAGUUUC